AUGAGUUUGUCGAAGGGAAAUCCAAAUCAAAAACCUAACCCACAAUCCUCAUUUAUUCCACUGAGGUAUAGUAGGAGUCAGAAAGAUGAACAACUUUGAAAAAUUACAGCUUCGAUGUCACGUCAUUGAUCAAAUACAAAUUAUCCGAUGAUCUCCUCGCCCGGGUAGCCGCCUCUGGCUCAUUGCGCUCCUCGUCUUGCCGAUCUGCCGUUUGGAGGGUACUGAAAUUCUUUUAAUGUCGGAUAAUUUAUAAUUGUGUAGCUGGUCCUCCGAUGUCUCCCAUACGAGACUUCUGACUGGGAGACAAGUCUAUCAAGAAGUCGCAACAAUUAUCGAAUUCUGAAAGAAACCCACCUCAUCGACCCGCACGACACUAAAUUCUCCCAAGAUCCUCAACUCAACAACCCCUUAGUUUCUGUCGAACAAAAUCCGUGGAAUACAUUUUUCGAAGACAAAGAUCUCCGUGAUAUCAUUGGAAAAGAUGUGGCCAGAACAUUUCCGGAAAUUGAGUUUUUCCAAAGUGCAGAAAUUCGUCAAAUAAUGUCGGAUAUUCUUUUGAUUUACGCGAAGGAGAAUCCGUACAUAAAUUAUCGACAAGGAAUGCACGAAAUUUUGGCGCCGUUGAUUUUCGUCAUUUAUUCGGACAACGAGGCUUUUCAACACGCUAAAGAGAAUGACGAGUUGAAGAUGUUGACGGUAGAAGAAGAAGACAUUAUCAAUUGUCUUUUUUGCAAAGAUUAUUUGGAACGAGACAGCUAGUGAGUUUAUUCUCUGUAGAUUCGAAAAAGCUAGUCAUUUUUCGGCCAUUGUUUCAAAAUUUAACUUUUUCAGCAAUCUUUUCUGUGCAGUGAUGCUGGAAGUUUCUCGAUGGUACGAAGACCCUACGAGUGUGGAUGCUCCGAAACAGCUAAAAGAGCCGUAUAUGCGGGUUCAAGACUCGGUGCCAGCUUCUCGUCUCAUGGAAGACCUCGUCGACGUCGGGAACUUGCUCCAGGAGAUUGAUCCGACACUGGCCAAACACCUAAGCGCUCUGGAUAUUCCUCCGCAGUUGUAUGGAAUGUAUGUUGUUUAUUAUUGACGUUUUUCGCACGUUUUUAUUUAAAAAAAAAGCACUGGAAAUUUAUAAGCAAAAUUUCAGCCGAUGGCUUCGUCUUCUUUUCGGCCGAGAACUGCCCCUCCACGACCUGCUCUUCCUCUGGGAUGUUCUUUUGAUUGACCGUCCGAUUGCUCCGCUCGCAAAGUGCAUUUUCGUUUCUUUGCUUGUUCAGAUUAGACAUUUGCGUGAGUUGUAUUCUUUCUGAUUAUUCAUAACAUUUAUUUGUACAGUGCUGACGUCGGAUUACGGUGGCUGCCUUCAGUACCUGAUGCGUUAUCCUCCGAUUGCCGACAUCGAUUCGUUCGUGAAACUGGCGAGACACUACCGGAAUCCAAAAAAGAACGCGAAACCAGUCAUCAAAUCCAACAAUUUCACUCACAUCACCGUCACAGGAAGUAGUCAUCCGAACAGUCAGCAUCGACCUGUCAUUGCGAAAUCUGGAGUCAAACAAAAACAGAAAACGAACGAAGAUCCGCCAGAAUCUCCGCCCACAAUCUUGGCAUUGGCCCCAGUGCUCCAAAAAGUGAAAAAUUCAAUUCGAGACCGUUCGAACACUGUUUCAGUGCCAUCUUCUCCUCGAAAAUCAUCGGAAAAUCCAUUGACAAUUCCACAAAAAAUGGAAAAUUGGACACGAGAAGUUCAAAUGAUGGAGGAGCAGGUUUCGGCGCUCCAGACUCGGCUAAACGAACAGGAUGUGCUCUGUUUUCAAGUGUCAAAAGCUCUAGAAAUCUACGCGGAAGACGUUCGCAACGCCAAAUCCAGUGAGAAAUGUGCUGCAAUUGCGGAGAAUUUGCUGGAAUUGAGCAGAACGCUAACUUCUAGCAAAUUGACUCCUUCUCCGAAAACGAUACCUCAAAGUUCGGGAAAAGUGCAGCAGAAGCCGUCUCCGCCGAACGCGCAGCAGAAAAUCCAAAAAGUCAACGAAAUGGUUGAUAUGACUUCAACUUCUUCGCCUUUGAGACGCUUUCGACUGUAG